AUGGAGAUUGAUGAAAUAGUAAAAAUUGGAAUCACCUCGAAGUACAUGGAGUCCAUUGUAAAAGCCUGUUGUAUUCGAAUCAGACAUCGUUUGGUUUCUCUCGACGGGGAAUUCUCGUCUAUUAAUUUGUAUUACCCGAGAGUGAUACUUUUCUGUUGUACCAAGGCUUUCAAUCAUCCCAAUGCACCAAAAUUGACAAAGGAGGAUUUGAAACCUUGGCUGUCCGAGACAUCGACAAUCCUCGAAAAUACACGUCUACUAUUUACUCGAAUUUACAAUUUGUUCCAAUGUGGCCCGUACACAUUGAUAAUAAACCCAUCUACUCAGAAUGCAAGGGAGGUUCUGAAAAUUCCAGAAUUUCGAAACUUUACGGUUCUGUUUUUGAGUGCGCAACGUUUUAAGAAAAAACAGUUGGAUGAUGUGAUGGAAUUUGAGAGAGACGAUCAAGAUUUGCGUAUAAUUAAGGGUGUCAUUCCAGAAGAUUAUUAUCAUCCAAAUCUCUUCAAGUUCACUGAUGUCCAUUAUUGCGAUGCUCGUUGGAUCCGUCUGGAACAUCUUCUUUCGAUUAAGAACAACUUUAUGAUUACACUCGGAAUGAACAAUUUAACCAUCUCUGACAUCAACACAUUUCUUCAUCACUGGAUGAAUUCGGAAUAUGAAUUAUUCAAAUUUAUAAGCAUAGAUAUUGAAAAAGGACCAUCAAUUCCUCUCGAUGUUUUGUUUCGUGGGAUUACUGUAUUAAGAGGGUAUCGGUUUGGAAAAUGGCGCAGACUAAUCUCAGUCAGUUCACCUAAGACUCGAAAUCGGCAAAUAAUGAGUAUAGUUUGGACAGAUUCGCGUAUUGACAUGAGUACCUGGUCUAUUCAUGAACGUCCCAAACAAGGGGAUCGUGAUGAUGAACCGUAUGUUCCAGAGUUCAAAGUUCUACAAUUGCUGAAACAGAGAAGAGUUUUGAAUUUGAAAUUGAAGAGAGUGGAAGAAUUUUCUCCAGAAAAACAGGAACUCAUAAAAAAGAUUGAUGACAGAAACAAUCAACUUCAAUUGAGAGGAGUGGAAUUUAAUAACGGCUGGCCUGUUCUACGCGGUGUUGAUGCAUCAGUCAGAGUGCUGGCCUGA